AUGCGCCUCCCCGCCGCCGCCACGCCGGACAUGGACGCGCACCCCAACCAGGAGAAGCACCAGUCGUCCAGCCCCGAAGAAACGGAGGGGGAACUCUACGUCGGCGAGGACGGACUCAUCUCCGUGGCGCCGAUGGACGACAAGAGCCGUCUCGACAAACUCAAGCUGCAGCUCGAGCACCGCGAGCAGGAGCUUCGGCAGGCAGCUGAGUAUGGACUGGGGCUGCUGGAAGCCAACGAGGAGCUGCAGAUGCAGGUGGCCACGCUGAAGAUCCAGUUGGAGACCGAGACGGAGGAGCUCUCAGUGGAGCGAGACAUGUGGCAGCGCCGCUCCGAGCACGCACUGCAAGAGGUGGCGCAGUGGAAGCGCAAAUUUGCGCGUGUGGAGGAGGAGAAGGCGGAUCUGGCGGAGGAGUUCGAGCAGUUCGUGGACCGCUGCGAGUGUCGAGCACCGGAUACAGUUACUGGUGAUGCUUCUGCUUCUGUUCCUGCCGCAGCGACAAGCAGUGGACGCAGGUAUUCGCAUCACUUGGACACGAUCGCGCAGCUUCAGACGGAAUUGCAGGAACUUCAAGCUACUGAACGCUCGAACGAGGCGGAACUGACGUCAUUGAGACAGUGGAAGGAGGUGGCGGAGCAGCAACAGCAGGAGGCACUCGAGUGCGAGGUGCUUGCUGCACAGAGUGAAGUGUCGUACAGGAAGAGAAUGGAGGAAGAACGCACUACCACUCAGCGUGCCAUGAAUGAACUCAAGGGCGAGAAGGAUCAGUUGCGCAAAGCUGCGCAGAAGUACGAGGAGGAAAUGAGAGCGUUGAAGAAACAGCUACGGAUAGCAGAGGAGGCCAAAGAUGAUGCACAAGUGCACAGCAAUGAGCUCAGUGAAAAGCUCCUGUCGUCAGAGUCGCGGUGUAAACGGCUUCAGCGCGAGUUAGAGUUGCUGGAGCAUGUUUCCUACUUCUCGCAGGCCAUCGUCGACUGUGAUGACGAAGCUAGCGACGAGGACGAUGAGAUCAUCGUAGAGAAUGAGUUACAAACGAUUGUCGAGCCUGAAAAGGCGAAGGUGAAGAGGAUCGACACGAACGCUGAUGCAACUGAGAACGAAGCACAAGACCCUGCCAUGCCGUCGCCUUUGAGGAUCAAGCGGAGACGGUCGUUCUUGGUGGCAACUGCGACUCCGUAUUCAUCAUUCCCGACGACCACAGUUGCCGAAGACGGAACCCGCGUGCAGGUAUCAGAGUCUGAGAUGGAGACUCACAAGAAGCUCCACCACUACUUCCACCUGUCGGCGCUCAGCAUCAUCAACGAGAACAAUUUGCACGAACGCUGCUUCAAUUCUUCCAGUCGUCUCACGAUCGAUAUGUGGUACCGCGAGAUUAUUGCGAAGGAAGUCCCGUUCUUGUCGUGGCACUCGUGGCUCAUCAACCGCAUCAGCGAGGUCGCUGCGUCAGUGCAGGACGAUGAUGAGGUGCCUCAACCGCCAACAUCCGCUUCCAAGACAUCGAGUUUUAGCGGCGCGUUCCACGGGUUUUCAAUGCGGAAAACUAGCGCCAGCAGUGAUACUUCACCCCCAAAGAACGUGCUUCCCUCUCCACCGACGGUAUCGUCAUCGCCAGCGUUAUCUCCGGUAGCUCGCGUGCCAUUUACGGUGGCUCGUGCGUUUUUCCGCUUGCUGCGGAAAAAUACUCAUGCAGGUGCAGGCUCUUCAUCAGUGGGAGGGUCUCCGGUUAGUGGGUCGCCUACCGGAUAG